CAGACCGGAAGCACGUGGCCGCCCACCCGCGUGGUUGCCCGGGAGACCCAGGCUGUUUACCCGCGGGCUGGGCCCUGCCACCGACAGCAGAUGGAGCCGUGCGGGGAGGGGUGUUGAGAAGCCAUGGCCACCGAAGCCCCUGUGAAUAUAGCCCCCCCUGAAUGCAGCCCUGUUGGCAGCACAGCGACUGACAGCUUCCUUUGGCAGCCAGACUCACUAAACAUGCAUGUCACGAGGCCCAAGUCCGCCAAGGGGCGUACUCGGCCAAGACUGCACAAGCGCCUGGGCAUGGAGGGGUGUUCUGGCCGCGCACCACCUUCUCUGCCUCCGGCCAUUCCCUGCGAGUCGCCGAGCAGCCAGAAACCAGGAGCCUGCACCCCCAAAUCUCCAGAUCAGGGAGCCCCCAGUGAGAUCCCGGAGCUGCUGCAGCAGGUACCCUUUGGGGCAUCCUCUUCCCUCAAUAAAUACCCAGUCCUCCCUUCCAUCAACAGGAAGACCCUGGAGGAGGGCGCCCUGGAGACAGUCGCUAAGAAAGCCGGCUCCCUGCAGCUUAACAGCGCCCAGGCUCUUUCCCAGGAGAAGACCUGCACCAUGAAGAUGGGUGAAAAAGAUCCCCAGGUUCAAGCCUGUUCCCCAGAGAGGAGAGUCCUCGUGCGGACCGAGAGACAGACCUUCUCCAGGGCUGGAGACCUGGAAGAGCCAUCAGAUCAAGACCCCAGACUGCUGCUCGCCGUCCGCUCACCCUCAGGCCGAAGGUUCGUCCGCCACUUCCGGCCAACUGAUGCCUUGCAGACCGUUGUGGCCGUGGCCGAGCACACAAACAAGGCCACCUACCGACCCUGCAGCGUCGAAACGAUGGAGGUGCCCAGGAGACGUUUCUCUGACCUCAGCAAGUCUCUGCAGGACUGUGGAAUCCCCAACAAGUCGGUGCUGGGCAUCUCCCAGGAAGAGGGGGAAGGCUGGUCCUGAGUCCGCAGCCAUCGAACUGGGGUCGUGGGUGUCUCAGCGAGGAGCGUGCAUGGGUGCCACGGCCUCUCCGGCAGCUUGCUUCCAAGUGCCAUGUGGACCUGGUGCAUCUGUGGCUCUUGGGAUGCCCGCCUUCCAAGCAUCUUCUUCAGAGCUGUGAAAUCUACACACGCACCGAAUGUGUUAUGAAGAUUUUCUUCCCGUUGUUCAAUUCUCUCCAUCGCUGGAGUGAACUGGCAAGCGACCAAGGCUGUUCCCCAAAGAGCUGUUCCCAGGCCUUCUCCUUUGCUGCUCAGGUCCUUCCUGGAGCACCUGCUUGCCUUUACAAUGAACUUGCACUCAUUUGAAGCCAGUGGUUCACCUUUCUGUAUUUGAUGCAGGAUUAAACACUUCCCAGAGAGGAUUCUGGCCUGUUAAAUAACCAGGGUUGAGGAAGUACUGCACUGGCAUUUGUGUUUCUUGCAAGCAUCUUUAAGAAGCAGGCAAUUGACCCUGUUUGGGCAGCAGCCCCUCUGCCAGUCUCGGGUGGCUCGAGUUCUCGGGGAUUACCAUUCAUGUGAGGUGGUUUCAGGGGAAAGAACAGGUCUUUAGCUAAUACCCCCCAAGAUCCCCCAAGACAUCAACAUUUCCAAGAGAGUCCAAGAGCUGGAAAAUAAAUCCCUUCCGUAAGCAGCGAGUAGCCAGGAGCCACUUUAUAUUUAUAACAGAGUCUAACCAGGUUUACAAUUUUUGGUAGCUGCUCUCUGCACAAAAUUUCCCCCAAACAGAAAAGCCAGCAGAAUCUGACAUCCUUGGCAUUUGUCAGUGGUGGUAUCUUUUGUUUUUAAAUGACACAAAAACCCACAAGUCUGCACAAGUUUGUAGGAAAGGCCCCCUUGGCUGAUCUGGGUGUGGGCGUGCUGUUUUAUCCCCCAGUUUCAGGGUCUUCCAACUUCAAGCACAGAGGCGUCCUGGAGAUAACACAGGUGCCCGCGUUCUCUGGUUUAGAAUCCCCUGGAGGAAGAGGGCGCCUGGGUUUGGUGUCACUCUGCGGCACCUGUGCUGAGACCAUGUGCCCGAGUAAAUGUCUGGCCAAUCAGCAUGAUGCCAGCAGCUGUGAGGCAGACCCCCGAGCCUCGUUCUUCCAGCUCUGAAGUGCUGACGUGGAAAUCUGCCAAAGUUCCCUCGUGUGGUGAGCUCAGCAAGGCUCCCACGUCGCAUCUGGAUCCCCUUUAUGGCCAAAUCACCAUGCAGAGUGGGGAACACUUGUCCUCCCAGAGCCCUGCUGUCAGGAAGCUCUGAGUACUGAUAAGCACCCCCACUUGCUAGGUACACAGAGAAGGCAGGACUGCUAGAAGCAUAGCAGCAAGCGCAUGUCGGGACUUCCCUGGUGGUCCAGCAGCUAAGACUCCAGGCUUCCAAUGCAGGGAGCGUGGGUUCGAUCCCUGGCCAAGAGACUAAGAUCCCACAUGCUGCCAAAAAAGCAAAAGAAACCAAAACCAAAAACAGGUGCAUCUUGUGCAUAGGUAAGGCCUGCAGUUGGAAAUGUUACUUCCAGCAAAUUGAUAACACAGCCCUGGAGGGUAACACCAGCAUCAUUUCUCUGAAGAAGGCUUGCCUUGUCCCAAACCGCAUCCCACACCACCCAGAUCAUUCUAGAAUAGGCUAUUUUGGAAUGUUUUGCAACAUUUCUUAAUGCCAUUUGGUUAGCCACUCCUCUGAUUGCAAAGGUCAGCCAGGGCGGGCAAUGCUCGGCCAGGCCCCCGCACUGGCCACAUCCUCCGGCCGCUGACCACGCAGAGGGCCAGGUAACUCAGGCCUGGUACUCACAGUCCAGGAGUCUUGCCUCCCACCCGGGACGAGAGCUCAGAACUCUGGCUCUGAUCUUGGAGGCUGAAGGAAGAGCCUCCCACGAAAUCACACCUACUCUGUGGUAAGAAUAAAAUCCCACCCACCUGGGACUUGGUAAUUUCUCCAGGCAGGAAAUCUUUAGAAAACUGCAGUGAAAUGGAGCAUGCUUGAAGGAGUUAGAAUGUUGUGCACUUAGGGAUUUGCUGCUGCUCUUAGCUUAGAAUUUUGGGGUGGUGGGAAAAAAAAUGGAAAGCAUAAAGCAUAGAAAUAUUUUAGUAUAUUUGGGGAUCU